AUGCGCGAAUUCAGACCAAGAUUUAAUUGGUUGCAAUCUAGAAAUUAUUAUAAUGUAUUUGAGAGAUACAAUAUGUCAAAUAUCAGCGACCCAGCACCCAACACAAUCAAUCGUCGACCGAACAAAGUUAGUAGUUUUCAAUUGAUCGCAUUCAUUCAAAGACAUAGACCUGUAGGUGCACCCAUCCAUCCAUUGUUCUACGUAGCCAUAGUUGGUUUGAAGGAAGGCCAUCAUCGUCAUUCAUCAUCUAUUACAUACGGACCAGACAGAAUACUCGACCCUCCUCGUUCUACUCAUUUAUCAACUCAACUUUUCCUCACUUUCUUUGAGCGAUGCUCCUCAUUGUCGUCGUCAUCAUCAUCAUCCACAUCUGCAAUUAAAUUAAUUUAG